UUUAGCUAACCACUCGAUGGCGGCAAUCAGAACCACCGCCACAAUCUUCGGUAGAGAAAUAUUCCGAUCGUCGACGUCAUUGACCUUGAUCCGCACGCAUGCUCUUCGCAUCCCUACUCGCUUUUCCUUCAUUUCCCGUUCAAUCAGCUACACUCCACUCCGAUGUGCGGCAGGAUCAGAUUCCGGCGGCGGCGGCCGUAACAAGGCUUCGGCACGGAUGUCGCAAGUUCAGCAACUCUUGCACGACGCUAAGGAGAGAUCUGCCGGCCGGGAUGAACCUAUCCCAAAGAUUACUCUAGAUCACGUCAGUGUGAGCUUUGCUAGGAGUGGUGGGCCUGGAGGUCAAAAUGUUAAUAAAGUGAACACCAAGGUUGAUAUGCGGUUUAACAUAAAAGAGGCAUAUUGGUUAAGUGAAAGGGUGAAAGAGAAGAUUUUGCAGAUGGAAAAGAAUCGAAUCAACAAAGAUGGCGAACUUGUGAUUUCUUCAACAAAGACCAGAACACAGAAGGGUAAUAUUCAGGAUGCAUUGGAAAAACUUCAGGAAAUCAUUGAUGCUGCAUGUUACGUCCCACCACCCCCGUCGGAAGAACAAGUAAAGAAAAUUACCAAACUAGCUGCCAUAUCAGAAUCGAGAAGGCUGCAGGGCAAGAAGGUCCUUUCACAAAAGAAAGCAUUCAGAAGAAGCCGAGACAGUUAUGACUAAAUACCCAGAAAAGCUCAAUUUCGACCUGCAUAGAUUACGCGGGCAAGGUUUGAAACCUAUCGUCAUAGGUUUUACGUCAUAGGGGCCACAUCUGCUGCUAAAGUUUGCUCCAUUCAUCUCGAGGGUGUCCUUCACAGAUCCUAUGGACUAGUUUAGUCAAAGGUACCAACCAAAUACACGGGCUAAAACUUUGUGAAUUAAGCGAAAUAUCCAUUUAAAAGAGCUUGUUAAGGUAAAAGCUAUAAACAACUUAAGUGAAUGAACGAACGAACGUGUUACUUUAAACUUGCCGUCAAGUAAAACUUUGAAGUGUAUUAUAUUAUAUACAGCAAAAUUCGCAUACAUUCCUUACCUUUUGGUGAGACUUAGAACAUGUUGGAGCAUACUAAUAACCCUGAUAAUGUCUUAUUGACUUCAAUAAAAGUGGUAUAUUUGGUGGCAUGGC